CGACUCCUGCUCCAGGUGGGAGGGGAAAGACGCCUGGCGCCUCCCGGCUCCACCAUUCUGGGGGCCGAGGCUUGGGAGGCGCAAGGCAGGCAGGAGGUGCUCCGCUCUUCCUGGAGCUGCUAAUCACAGGGAUGGGCAGCAGGAACCACGGCCUCCAUGUCGCCAGGGUCAACAAGGGACAGCACUGAGGGCACCUGUAGUGAUAAUGAGGCCCAGGAGGGAGCAGCAGGCCUGGAAUCGCAGGGAGGGGGAAUGGCCCGACUCAGGAUCUGGCUUCCGUCCCCUCUCAGAUCCAGCCUGGCUUUGAAGUUCUUCACCGUCGCCAUCCUGGUCAGCAGCACCCUGCCUGCAGCGCACAGCAGCCUGUUCAACCUGAAGACCAUGGUGGAAGCCAUCACGGGGAAAAAUGCCAUCCUGUCCUUCGUGGGCUACGGCUGCUACUGCGGGCUGGGGGGGCGUGGCCUGCCCAUGGAUGAAGUAGACUGGUGCUGCCAUGCCCAUGACUGCUGCUACCAGAAGCUCUUUGACCAGGGCUGCCACACCUACGUGGACCAUUAUGAGUACAGCAUCGAGAAUAAAACGACGAUUGUCUGCAGAGAUCGCAACCAGACGGACUGCGACAGGCAGACGUGCGAGUGCGACAAGAGCGUGGCUCUGUGCUUCCAGAGGCAGAAGUACAACGAGAAGCAUCGCAACUACCUCAACAUCUACUGCCAGGGCACCACCCCCAACUGCAGCAUCUACGAGCAGCCCAAGAAUAAGACCUGUAGGCCCCCCUCCUCGCCACCCCCUGCGCUGCCCUAGUGCCCGCUGGGGGCUGGCAGAGAAGGAGGGUGGCUGUUCCUGCUCUGGGGACCAGACACAUGGAACCGGCAGAGGUGGGGGUGGGUCUGGAGCCUCCGGGCCACCCUGCCACCUUCUCCCUGGAGCUCUCCGGCAAGGCUGGUCCCCAGAGGACUCAGGAGGGCCUGGGCCCUGACUGUGGCCACCGGGGUCCUCCAGCCCGGUCCUGGGCGUGUCCGAGUCCCGCUGUUGGUCCCGGCCUUGGCAGGGAACGUGUGGCUUGUUGGGGUCACUCCUGAGUAUGGAAGACGAGACCUGAAGAGAGGCCCCAGACCCCCAGGUCUCUGACAAACACAGGAGAAGCAGGGCCCAGCCCUCAGCCUCUCUCCCUGCACCUCCCCUCAGGCAGCAGCCAGGCCAGUGGUGGAAAGACCUUAGCCCUGAGCGAGGAGAGGCGGAGGGCUGGGACCCACCUGGGUGAAAAGGGAAGCAGAGGCCUGGCGGGAAGCUGAGCAGAAGAUUCAGGGAGGCAGGGAGGGAGAAGCCUGGGGAAGAGGUAAGGGAGGGGAGAAGCUGAGAGAGAGGUGAGACGGGGAGAGGGUCAGAUGUCCAGACAGAGGUGUGGAGCUGGGUUGAAGAGUCUGAAGGUGGUGAGGAGGAGUGAGGGUCACACUUUUUGAGGAGAGGAGAGGUCCUCUCCUUCCUUUCCACUCCUUUGAGGUUAGGAGAUCUUUCAUGCUAAGGUUUGUGGACGGGGCCGCACUUGCUUUACGUUGGUCUAGGAGCCGCCAUGGCCAAAGGAGUUCUCCUUGGCCAAUCUUUACUCAGGCUCCUGAGGCCUCUUAGCAACCUUUUGGUUUCCACGGCCAUCUCGGCAUCACCUACCUUUAGCAAGAAUCCCCACCCACCAUCAAUGUCUGACUGUAUUCCACAUCCUCCGCCUUCUGAUCACCCUGGCCUGCCUCCAGCAAGAAUCCUAUUGGGUCAGUCUAGCAAGAAUUGUCUUACCCUCUUAGCCAUUUUCCAUCCCCCAACCCACCUCAGCUCCUAUACAUCCCCACUGAAGAAAAAUGUGGCUUUGUGAUUGUUGUAUUAAGAACUGAGCCCAGUGCUACACUGCCCCUUGUUGCAAGAGUCUUGAAUAAAAUCUGUUUCUAUCACU